AUGGAGGAUUCAAACAGGAGGAGCUCUACCCCAAGGAAUGUAGCCGUUUUAAACUUCGGAACUAAUGACAAACAGAAUUGCGUAACGAUUUUAGAAACGGCGCUAUAUCUGACGGAGAAGUACCUUGGCAAAAUUAUCAACAGUUCGUACAUUUACGAAACUGUCCCGGAAUACAUCGUUCUGGAUGAAGCAAACAAAAUUGGAAAGGUGACGGAGGGACAACCCCCAAAUGAAAUUUCUUGGAUAAAGGAUUUGAUCCAAUCUGUGGAGAAGUCCAGAUACGAAGAAAAUGAAAACUUAAUUUAUGAGUGCAAAGAACUGGAAGUGUUUUUAAAAAAUGAAAAAAUAAAUGAAAGUCUUAUCAAGGAAGUGAAUAUAGAUCAUUACGAAAAUGAAACAAGAAAAAUAAUCCAACAGAAUGACGAAAUAAUGAAGAAAAACUUAGAACAGCGUACAGAUAAAUAUUACACGAGUUAUUUUUUUAACUUAGCAGUUGUAGUUCGGACCUUUGUUGAAGAUCCCCUUAGCAUGCUCGUCAUUUUAAAGUACAUAGAACAAAUCAUGAAAAGAAGGGAAAGCAAAAAGAGGCAAGGAGAAAUAUUUGAAAAUCGCAUAAUAGACAUUGACAUAAUAUUUUUUAACAACUACACAAUUUUUGAAAGAAACAUAAGUUUAAAAAAAGAAGACAUAUAUAAUACUAUUACAAAAUAUAUUCACAUAAAUCGCAGUAGUGAUGAGAACCGUUUGGAAAUUAUCGAAAAUCUGAGUGACAAAAUUGAAUUUUUGUGUAUCCCUCAUGUGUACACAAAAUAUAGGUACAGUAUCCUCCUCUGCUUAAAUGACAUCAUUCCCCACUAUAAGCAUAGCACAUUUGACGAAAACAUUCGCUCUACUUAUAAAAAUUAUGUUAACAAAUUUGAACAGAAAUAUCACAUUAAUCUAAGGAAAAAUAAUAAGAGGCUAUACGUCUUGAAAGAUAAAGUAUCCUACUUAAAGGAGAAAACUCAUAUAGUGGGCAUUUUGAAUGUGAACUAUGAUUCCUUUUCGGAUGGUGGUUUGUUUGUUGAUCCUGUGAAAGCUGUGGAGAGAAUAUUCGAAAUGACAAAUGAUGGGGCGAGCGUGAUUGACAUCGGGGGGGAAUCCUCUGCACCUUACGUGGUCCCAAAUCCCAGUAUCACUGAACGGGAUUUGGUCAUGCCCGUUUUGAAGCUCUUUAAGGAGAAGUGGCAUGCGUUGGAACGGGAGGUUGGCAAUAAUACGGUGGACUGCACUACAAUGAGAGACGCAAAACCGAUUAUAAGCAUCGACACGGUCAAUUAUGAUCUGUUCAAAGAGUGCGUGGAGGACGAAUUGGUGGACAUCCUAAACGAUAUCAGUGCGUGUACACACAACCCAGAUAUUAUAAAAUUAUUAAAAAGGAAAAAUAAAUUUUAUACCGUCGUUUUAAUGCAUAAAAGGGGAAAUCCACACACCAUGGAUAAGUUAACAAAUUACGAUGAUCUUAUAAAUGACAUAAAAAAGUAUUUAGAGGAUCGGUUAAAUUUUCUCGUUCUAAAUGGGAUACCACGUUACCGAAUUCUCUUCGAUGUUGGCCUAGGGUUUGCCAAAAAACACGACCAAUCUAUUGAACUGCUGAAGCAUAUUCACGUUUAUGAUGAGUACCCGCUGUUUCUUGGCUACUCGAGGAAGCGAUUUAUUGUUCACUGCAUGGGGAAAAAUAGUACCACCAAUGGCGGCAUAGAACUGACGAACGGGGGGUGCAAACUUACCAACAGGGAAUCGAAACUAACAAAUGGGGAAUCGAAACUCACUAAUGGGGACUCCAAACUGAAGAAUGGUGACGCGUCACAACUGUGGAAGUUCAAAAUGAACCACAUGCGUCAGGACAAGGAUAAGCACUUGUACCAGAAAAAUAUUUGCGGCGGACUAGCCAUUGCUUCCUACAGCUAUUACAAAAAGGUGGACCUCAUCAGAGUUCACGACGUGUUAGAAACCAAGGCAGUCCUGGAUGUGCUCACAAGCAUACAUCAAUCUUAG